AUGUUAGAGUUUUAUACAAAUAUCAACUCCGGAUUGAUGCAAGAGAGUAUGCAGCCACCGCUCUCCUGUGCCGGCAGGACAGAACUGAGUGCAAUCAUCAAGCGGGAGAAGAUCGUAGAAAUAUGUGAGGGAUGCGGUCAGAAGAUCCAGGACCGUUAUUUGAUGCGAGUGGGCGAUUUGUCGUGGCACGAGCACUGCCUCAGCUGCUGCGUCUGCGGAUGCCCACUAGCCCACACGUGCUACACACGAAACGCUAAGCUCUACUGCAAACCCGACUACGAUAGAUUAUUCGGCAUUAAGUGCACGCGUUGUGGUGACAGACUCCUACCCCAGGAGAUGGUUAUGCGCGCUCAACAGUAUGUUUUUCACACCCAAUGCUUCGUGUGCGUUAUGUGCUGUCAGCCGCUUCAGACAGGUGAACAGUACGUUAUCAGGGCUGGCCAAAUAUUCUGUAGACAAGACUUCGAAAAAGAGAUGUAUCUGAUGCAACAUACGGAGGACGAUAUGAUAAUUGAUGACUCUGAACGUCCACGUGAUGGAAGACGUGGUCCAAAACGUCCUCGAACUAUUUUAACAUCUGCACAACGCAGACAGUUCAAGGCUUCAUUUGAAGUUAGUCCCAAGCCUUGUCGAAAAGUUCGAGAGGCUCUAGCAAAAGACACCGGCCUGAGCGUUCGAGUAGUUCAAGUAUGGUUUCAAAAUCAGAGAGCUAAAAUGAAAAAAAUUCAACGCAAAGCAAAACAGGAAGGUGACAAAAAUGCGGACAAGGAUAAAGACAAAGACGAAAAGAGUAUUAAGCAAGGAUCGCCUUCGAGCGAACAUGAGCACGGAAAUUAUUUGGGUUUGGAUACAUCGUAUUCCGCAUCAAGUCAGCCUCUAAAUCCGAAUCUUCCCUACUCACCAGAUGAAUUUCCAGUGCAUUCAGGGGACAGUUUCUGCAGUUCAGACAUAUCACUCGACGGCAGCAAUUUUGAUCAACUCGAUGAAGGCGCGUCCGAUACCAUGAGUCUACAAAAUUUGGAAGUACCGCACCAUGCCCAUCAACACGGAAACCACCCAUCUCAUGAACCUCUCAAUUUGGGCACGGGGGCUGUUGUUAACCCAAUAGACAAACUCUAUCUUAUGCAGAACUCUUAUUUUAGUACGGAUCACUGA